AUGGAAGAUAAAAAGAGAGCAUUUUCUAUGAGGCAAGAACCUUCUCGAGAAGCAAGUCCACCAGCCAAGAAACUACUUAUAUCAACGCAGAACACAAAUAGCCUCAAUGGGGUUAAUAAUGGCUAUACAAAUACUACUACAAGUAGUUAUCUAAAUGAAGCCGGUAAGAUCGAUGUGGCCGACCCUCGAACUCUUGAGGCGUAUCAAAAAGAAGCUAUAUUUCGUAGAAUGCUUGAGUAUAAGCGUGAGCUUGAAAGGAUAACACUUAUUAAGGAAGAACUAGAAAAAAAAAAUGAAUAUUGUGACGGUCAUUUGAAUAUUGUCAAUACAUAUUGGAAUAAAAUGCUUGAAGACCUACGGACGAUAAUAAAAAGAGUGGAUCAAAAUACAAGCCUUUCAAAGAUAAAUUCACAUUCUGCCCGAUCACUCGACUCGAAUUUUUUCAAACAUUUGAUUACAAUCGGGGAAGAAGAACCACCUCCGUCUCUUGAAAAGAUCACGCAAGUAUUGGAGGAAAAAUGCCUACUAACACGAGAUGUUGUAAAUUCAGUACUUGAUAAGAUUGUCGCGCUGGUCGAAGAAAAAAACUCAUUUAUAAAGUCAAUGCAAUUAGAAAAAGAUCCUAUAAAAUUAGCCGAAAAGUUAAGAUGGGAAAAUGAGAAUUUAAUUAGAAAAGAUGAGAAUAAUCAAAAACUUUUGAAUAAAAUGCAAUCGCAGAACUCUGAUUUGACUUCCGAGGUCUCAUCCUUAAAGGACAAAUAUCAGAAAACAAAAAAUCGUCUUGACGAAACUCAAACCCGUUUAGAAGAGACAAAAAUGGAAUUAGUGAAGUCCGAGAAACGAUUUGAUCAAAAAAGAUGCCCUACAUGGGGCUUUUGGACCCAUGAUGUUGGUGGUUCGGCGGAAAGUGAAUCUCAUACGGAUCAUACACGUUCUCACGAUCAUAAUAAUGUUCGAUCCCCGGAACAUGUCUCGUCAGUAAUCGACCAAGAUGCUGAAAAAUUCAGACUUUUAUACAUCGAACGGGAAAAAGAAAUCGAAAGACAACGUACUGACAUGACUGCAUUAAAAACGGAACUUGAACAAUUACGAAUCAAGUAUGCACAUAUUCCGGAUGAACGAAUAGCAGAAACUCCCCUAUUUAAAAAUUUGCAGAUGCAAUACUAUCAUUCAAAAGAAAACGCUGAACAAUGUCGUUCAAUUAUUGAAAGCAUGAGUCGAGACUUGGAAGAAUUAAAAGGAAGUCGCCGAGCCUUUGAAGAACAAGCAGAGAAGGAGGCCAAUCAAAAAGUACUGGAUAUUACAAAGGAAAUGCAAUUGUUAGAGAGUGAUCUAAAUCGAGUACGAGCAUUAAGGGAUGCUGCAAUACAUGAUGCAGAACUAGCAAAAGCUCGUAAUGGUCCGGGAUUUCAGCAAAUUCCUGCACUUCGGAGACUUGCGAAUGGUCGUAAAUCUCAGCUAAGACGAUUAAUGGAUGAUAUUCGUCUGGAGAAUGCAAAAGCUGCUUAUGAGGCUGGUGACAUGGAGAGUUUAGAAUUUUACUCGAAUGAACGGGAGCCAACUGAGGAUACUGACAUUUAUAAAUUAAAAUACAAUAUGUCAUUAGUAGCUAACCUAAAAGAGAAAAUUAGAGAACUAAAAGACGAGAAUUCGUAUUUACGCGUACAAUUGGACGGUUAUAAAGAUGCUCCUUCUGAUAUUAAACGCACACAAGAACUAAUAGUGGCAGAAAGAAAUUCUCGUAAGGAGAUUGAAAUGCUCAAACGAAUUCUGGAUGAAUAUGAUGAAAAAUAUGGAAUACGAGAUCCUGGAGAUGAUCCGUUGCAUAUUCUCUCGGCUAAAAUCGAGGAGAAGGACAAAAAAAUAAAUGAGCUAUCUAAUGAAUUACGAUUGCUUAAGAUUCGAGAAAAAACGCAUGUACGAGACUUGACAGCUUUAGACGACGAAAUACAGCAGCUUGACGAGAAAGCUAAUCAAAAGAUGUUUGAUAUAAUCAAACACGAAAACGAAUUGAUGCGAUUAGCGGAAAUGAAAAAUAAAGCGGAACAAAAAUGUCAAGGAUUGACGAAUAAAUAUGCUUCUCUGGAGCAACAAAACAAAGAUUAUGCUGCAUUGCGAUUACGGAUGGAAGAAAAUAUUCGCCAGCAAGAGUAUCAAAUCAAGCAUCUACAACAACAACUUGGUAACAUGGAAAAAGAAUCUGCGGCUGCGGACUCUGUAAUAACGACUUAUAGACUCAAAAUACAAGAUCUAAAUCAUGAGAAUAGUGCACUUCGUGAAAAAUACUCAAAAACUGAACAUAAAUACAACGAGAUAUAUAAUCAGUACAGAGAAAGAUAUGAACAGUGUGAAUAUGAAAAUAGUUUAAGGCGGAAGGCUCAAGAUGAAGCUGCCGUAUACAAGAAAAGACUAGAGGAUAUAUCAAAACAAUUAUCGUCUGGUAGCUCUAAAUCGGUAUUACAAGCAGAACUGGACGGUUACAAGCAAAUGAUUAAAUGUCCUGUGUGCCGUAUCCGCAUAAUUGACACAUGCAUCACGAAGUGCAUGCAUGUCUUUUGUGGCGAUUGUGUCAAAGCACGCGUAGAAACCCGCCAACGUAAAUGUGGAAAAUGCGGUGAACAAUUUGGGACCUCUGACGUCAAGAAAUUAUAUUUCUAA